AUGGGAAGUCUCACGAAAACGUCUAUGUGCUUGGGCAGCACGCUUGCCCAUUGGGCUCUCACGGACGCAGUGGCCGUACCGUCUAAUAUACGCUCCUACCCAGGAGAAAGCAUCACAUGGACACUUUGCGGCCAGGCCGCAAACCACACCCUAGAAUGCAGUUCCAUUGAUGUGCCCAUGGAUCAAUUCAGUGUCCAAAACCCGGGCAAUCAAACCUUCAACAUACCCCUAAUUCGUCUCCGAGGGCACGAUGCGCCUGAAGGGAGAAAUCUCAUCGUCAAUCCUGGAGGCCAGGCGGAAGCGGGCUUCAGUACAUCUAUUUCAAGGGCGCUGAUAUCAACGCCAUUGUUGGAGAAGGUUAUCAUUUGGUUUCAUUCGACCCACGCGGCGUCAACACAUCAAGUCCACUGGCUAGUUGUUACCCCGACAGUCAAUCUAGGCAAAGGCUAUCACGGUGGAGAGAUUUUUGCCUGGGCCGAUAACUACGUGCAGGCUUGCGCCGAUGUCAUGGGAGAACAUGGCAUCUAUAUAAAUACGCCUCAGACUGCGGCCGAUAUGAACAGCAUCCUAGAUGCUCUCGGCCAAGAGAGCAUGGCCUAUUGGGGUUUCAGUUACGGGUCCCUUCUUGGUCAGACAUACGCUGCUCUAUUCCCAGAGCGAUCGGAACGCAUCAUCGUGGAUGGAAUCAUCAAUAUCUUCAACUGGUACAAUGGGACUGUGGACCAUGAGAUGUGGACCGACACAGAUACUGUUUUUGAUGGCUUCUUUGACGAGUGUAUCAAGGCUGGCGACAACUGUCCCCUUUCUGAAUUCGGCAUGGGUUCGAAGGAGGUUCUCAAGAAGCGCGUGAUGGACUUGGGUGAUCAACUCAAGGACCAGCCAGUAUCCGCGUAUAUCAAUUCUGCAAGAUAUGGCCUCAUCAACUAUCAGACAUUGUUUUUCAAUGCCAUUUUCCCGGUACUACUCAACCCAGCAUCCUGGUAUAGCUUUUCGCUCAUUCUUUCAUCGUUCAUGAACGGAAAUGCCACAACCAUGUUCUCUGUUUUCGGCUCUGACAGCGCGUACACGGCAACGGAUGAUGCCAAUAGCAUCGUGCACCUUAACGAUGCACAAACUGGUCCUGAGUACUGGCCACAAGAUCGCAGCUCAUUGUUGGACAUCAUUCUCCCUCUAAUGAAUGGUUCAAGAUGGGCAAUGAUAGAGAAUGUAGAAUAUUACAAGAGACAAAAGUGGCAACUACCCAAAACGCACACGUUUUUACCAGCACGAGAGAUGGAAACAGCUCAUCCGAUCCUCAUUUUGUCGACAACUUACGACCCUGUCUGCCCCCUCAAAUCUGCCAGAAUCGCAAGGGAUGCCUUCAAGAAUUCCCGACUUAUUGAGGUUGAGGGUUACGGCCACUGCUCCAGCUCGCUCCCGUCUUCAUGCUUGACAGCACAUGUAAGAAAUUUUCUAUACAACGGAACGCUACCAGAGAGAGAUGUUUGGUGUGAGAGCGACAUGGAUUACUUCAGGCCGCCAAAAAAAACGGAACUCAUCCCUACGGACUUUUGCGGAGGAUAG